CUAUAAAUUCGGCGUCCAAAACACAACAUUUAGCUGUAUGAAUUACUAAAAGUUUUCUCCAAAGUCUGCAGUUCAUUUCAAUGGCUGUUUUCUGGAGAAAACAACUCGCUCCAAUUCCAUUUGCCACUUUCAUCUUCAUCUUCUUCUUCUUUGCUCCAUGUGAUUUGGCGAUACUCCACACCCUCAAAGUUUCUCCUUCCGAAUUCGUAAGCUCCGUGAGAAAAGUAGGUGAUGUUUUGCAAAACGUUACCUCCACUCUCAAAUCUGAGUUCAGCAAUGUCAAGAGUGAGUUUCCUCGUUCUGAUGCCGUUGUCGCAUGUCUUGAGUUGUUGGACUUGUCAGAUGAUGAACUGAGGUGGUCCGUUUCCACAGUUGAAAGUCCCCAAGGGAAGCAUAACAGUACUGGGAAUCUGAGCUCUGAUUUGAGGACAUGGCUAAGUGGUGUACUUGCGAACACAGACACGUGCAUGGAUGGUUUUGAAGAUACAGGGAGGAGUGUGAAGGAUCUGAUAUACGAUGAAAUUAAGGAAGCGACGUUGUUGCUCCAAAAGCUGGUGAACCAGGUUGGUUCGAAUUCUUUCAAAAUGGACCAAGUUCCUGCAUUGGUUGAACCACUGCUGCAGAGCAAAACGAUGCCUCCGGAUGUCGUUGUUGCUGCUGAUGGGAGUGGUAACUUUACUACGGUGAUGGACGCUGUGAAUGCAGCUCCUGUAUAUAGCAUGAGACGCUUUGUGAUAUACAUAAAGAAGGGCUUGUACACCGAGACAGUUGAGAUUACGAAGAAAAAAUGGAACAUUGUGAUGAUUGGAGAGGGCAUGGAUGAUACUGUUAUCUCCGGUAACCUCAGCCGUACUGUAAAUUUAACCACAUACAAAACUGCUACCUUUGCUGUGAAUGGGAGAGGAUUCAUGGCAACAGACAUUUCCUUCAGGAACACUGCAGGACCCGAAAGAAACCAGUCUGUUGCACUGAGAUCAAACUCUGACCUUUCUGUGUUUUUCCGAUGUGGGAUUUUUGGCUACCAAGACAGCCUCUAUGCCCACUCCUUGCGCCAAUUUUACAGAGAAUGCAAAAUCAGUGGUACUGUGGAUUUCAUAUUUGGACAUGCCAGUGCAGUGUUCCAGAACUGCACAAUACUGGUGAAGAAAGGGUUAGAUAAACAGCAGAACACAAUCACAGCUCAAGGAGAAACGUGCCCUCAUGGAUCAUCUGGCUUCUCCAUCCAAUUCUGCAACAUUUCAGCAGACCAUGACCUUCUGCCCUCAGUUAAAACCACCUCAACGUACCUUGGCAGACCGUGGAAGAAUUAUUCUAGAGCUGUUUUCAUGCAGUCAUACAUAAGUGAGGUGUUAAGCCCAAAAGGGUGGCUAGAGUGGGAAGGAUCAUCAUUGUAUUUGGACACUUUGUACUUUGGAGAGUACAAGAAUUAUGGACCAGGAGCUAGGGUUGAUAACAGAGUGAAAUGGCCAGGGUACCAUGUCAUAAAUGAUUCUAGCCAGGCUUAUAACUUCACUGUGGCCAAUCUCCUUCUGGGGGAUCUUUGGUUACCUUCAACUGGUGUAACAUACACUCCUGGAUUUGGUAACUGAAACACUACUCCAACACUUUUUCUGGGUCAUCAUGUUCAUUAAAGAAAUCAACAUUGAAUAUCCUAAAAUAAGUGUACAACUUAUAGCUU